AAAAAAAGAUUAAGGAUUUAGUCUUUAAAAAAGUGCGACACAUGCCACCACAUAACACAUCAGAGCAUCGUUCCCUACCGCACUUACCGCACCGUACCGUACCCUUAAACGAUCGUAUAAAUUUUAUUUAUGCGGCCGUAUACCGAAAAAUUUAUUCCGAUCAUAUCAUAACAUAACCCACAAUCGUUUUAAAGGUUAAUAUAUAGCCUGACCAAUUAUCCCCGAGUCAUAAGUAACAUCUGGUGGAGCCAAGCUUGCCCAGUACUUUUGUUAAUAUUAUUCUUACUACUUUGUUUAUCGGAAAGGGUCUUUCAACUCGUAGCUCAUUCGUGUUCAGCUAUAUUAAUAUUAUUCAUUCCUUAUUCCAUCACUUUAUCAAAUUAAUUUUCCAAUAGACUCAUAGAUAAUUUUAAUUUAUAAUUUCUAAUUUAUUUAUUUAGUAUUAAUCAUGAAUUCAACUUUACCAAUUCAAGUUGAUUUUCCAACUAUUGUUAAUUCUACUAAAGCUUAUUAUGAAAGUUUAUCAUGGUGGCAGAUUGUGGCUAGUCUUAUAGUCAUUGUAUUAUCUUAUGAUCAACUUAUGUAUCAACUUAGAAAGGGUUCAAUUGCUGGUCCAGCUUUUAAAAUAUGGCCAAUUAUUGGACCAUUUUUAGAAUCUCUUGAUCCAAAAUUUGAAGAAUAUAAAGCUAAAUGGGAUAGUGGAGAUUUAUCAUGUGUAUCAAUUUUUCAUAAAUUUGUUGUUAUUGCUUCUUCUCGUGAUUUAGCUAGAAAAAUUUUAGGAUCUCCAAAAUAUGUUAAACCAUGUGUUGUUGAUGUUGCAAUUAAAAUUCUUAGACCAACCAAUUGGGUAUUUUUAGAUGGUAAAGCUCAUACUGAUUAUAGAAGAUCAUUAAAUGGAUUAUUUAGUCAAAAAGCUUUAGAAAUUUAUAUCCCAGUUCAAGAAAAGUAUAUGGAUAUUUAUUUAAAAAGAUUUAUAAAUUAUGAUGGUCCAAGACAAUUCUUUCCUGAAUUUAGAGAAUUAUUAUGUGCAUUAAGUUUAAGAACAUUUUGUGGUGAUUAUAUUACUGAAGAUCAAAUUAGUCUUAUUGCUGAUAAUUAUUAUAGAAUUACUGCUGCUUUAGAAUUAGUUAAUUUCCCAAUUAUUUUCCCUUAUACAAAAACUUGGUAUGGUAAAAAGAUUGCUGAUGAAACUAUGCAAAUUUUUUCAGAUUGUGCUGCAAUGGCAAAAGUUCAUAUUAAUGAAAAAUCAGGUAAACCAACUUGUGUUAUGGAUGAAUGGAUUCAUCUUAUGAAACAAGCAAGAGAAAAUUAUGAUGAAAGUGAUCCAGAUUCAAAAUUAUUAAUUAGAGAAUUUACUAAUAAAGAAAUUAGUGAAACAAUUUUUACAUUUUUAUUUGCAUCUCAAGAUGCUUCAUCAUCUUUAGCAUGUUGGUUAUUUCAAAUUGUUAGUGAUCGUCCUGAUGUUGUUGAAAAAAUUAGACAAGAACAAUUAAGUGUUAGAAAUAAUGAUCCAUCAGUUCCAUUAGAUUUACAAUUAAUUAAUGAAAUGACUUAUACAAAUAAUGUUGUUAAAGAAUCUCUUAGAUAUAGACCACCAGUUCUUAUGGUUCCUUAUGUUGUUAAAGAAAAAUUCCCAGUAACUGAAACUUAUAGUGCACCAAAGGGUUCAAUGAUUAUUCCAACUUUAUAUCCUGCAUUACAUGAUCCAGAAGUUUAUCCUCAACCCGAUGAAUUUAUUCCUGAAAGAUGGGAAAAUGCUUCAGGAGAUAUGUAUAAAAGAAAUUGGUUAGUCUUUGGUACUGGACCUCAUGUUUGUUUAGGUAAAAAUUAUGUAUUAAUGUUAUUUACUGGUAUGUUAGGUAAAUUUGUUAUGAAUGCUGAUUUAAUUCAUCAUAAAACUGAUUUAUCUGAAGAAAUCAAAGUCUUCGCUACCAUCUUCCCUAAGGAUGAUUUAAUUUUAGAAUGGAAAUCCAGAGAUCCAACUGUUGUUUAGUUAUAUAUCUAAUAUGUCAUAAUACAAGUAAUUAGUUUGUUUUAACUAUGUGUUUUGUUUGUGCGCGCGCACUACUUGACUAGUCGCUCAUACAAAGAAGUACUCUACUACUUUUACUAUUAUUGAUA